AUGUCCUUCUCUAUUCUCCUCCUUUCGGCCAUCCAACUCCUCUCUAGUUUCUGUCCUGUCACAUGUGGUUACAACCAUGCCAAGGCUGACGAUGCCAGUCAGCUACGGGUUUACAUAGUUCAUGUACUACCCCCUUCAAAUGCCCCCAAUGCCGGCCCCACCGAUCUCGAAAGCUAUUACAAAUCCUUCUUGCCCGACUCCAUUUCUGAGUCGGGUGAGACGCGGCUGAUCUACUCGUACUCAGAAGUACUCAGCGGUUUCGCUGCAAAGCUAACCCAGGAUGAGGUGGAUAGCAUGGCGAAGAAUCCGGGCUUUGUGCGAGCCUAUCCGGACAUGCUGAUACCCUUGCUCACCACCCACACGCCCGACUUCCUUGGCCUUCAUCAAGGGCGGGGGCUAUGGCAACCUUCUGGCCUUGGCAAGGGGGUCAUUAUUGGGGUUUUGGACACUGGACUCCACGCCACGCAUCCUUCAUUCAAUGAUGAUGGAGUGCCGCCACCCCCUUCCAAAUGGAAGGGGUCGUGUGAAUUCCCCGCUGGUUGCAAUAACAAGCUGAUUGGCGCCAAGACCUUCAACAAUUCUGGAUCUGGUGCCCCCGACGAUGGUGAUGGCCAUGGCACCCACACUGCAAGCACUGCUGCCGGAAACUUUGUGCAGAGAGUUGAAUCUUUCGGGCUAGCGAGCGGGACGUCAGCUGGAAUGGCACCUCAUGCACAUCUGGCCAUCUACAAGGUGUGCGGCCCAGCGGGCUGCUCCACUUCUGAUGUUCUAGCCGGGCUAGAUGAAGCCGUAAAAGAUGGUGUCGAUGUGCUCUCGCUCUCGCUCGGUGGAUCUUCUGUGCCUUUUUACCUUGACCCCAUCGCCAUAGGCGCCUUUGGUGCCACUGAAAAGGGGAUCCUUGUCACCUGUGCUGCUGGUAAUUCCGGCCCGUCAGAUAGCACCCUUUCAAACGAGGCCCCAUGGAUCCUCACCGUUGCUGCCAGUUCCGUGGACAGAAACUUCAGAUCCAUUGUGACGCUUGGUAAUGGAGAGAAGCUCUACGGUGAGUCUCUUAAUCAACCCAAAAGCUUCAAACCCUCCUCUCUUCCUCUAGUCUACCCCAACGAAGGCGCCUGCACGGUGGACUUUGCCAACAUUUUUGGCAAGGUCGUAUUGUGUGAUGCUGAUGUAGACGAAUAUGGCGUAACUGCAAGCAUCAAGGAUGCAGGUGGGGCUGCGGUAAUAUUCCUCAACGAUAACUCGUCUGCCUAUUCCAUUGUUCUUCGAGAUCUCGAAUUCCCUUCACCCAAACUGACCUAUGAAGAUGCCUCCAAGGUUAAAAGAUAUGUGAAUACAACACGCAAUCCAACAGCCUCUAUCACUUUCAAUGGUACUAUUCUUGGAGUAUCUCCGGCUCCCGUGGUUGCCUACUUCUCUUCCAGGGGACCGAGCACGGCGACCCCAGGCAUCCUAAAGCCUGACAUCUCGGGACCGGGUCUUAACAUCAUGGCUGCUUGGCCUGUCCAGCCAGAAACUGGGGAAAAUGGUACAAAGACCUUCAACAUUAUUUCUGGUACCUCCAUGGCAACCCCUCACUUAAGUGGUAUCGCAGCACUCAUCAAAAGCGCACAUCCUGAUUGGUCGCCAGCUGCGAUCAAGUCUGCUAUCAUGACAACCUCUUAUGUCGUGGGCGACAAUAGGAAGCCGAUCCCGGAUGAGCAGCACUUACCAGCGAGCUUCUUUGCAAUGGGUGCUGGCCAUGUGAACCCAUCAAAUGCUGCUGAUCCAGGGCUGAUUUAUGACCUGGAUGUUGAUGAUUAUAUUCGAUAUCUCUGCGGGUUGUACAAUGGAGCGCUUGUGGAUCGUAAUGUAGGUGGUGUUAUUCGCCGUAGAAUUAGUUGUUCUAAGUUUGGGAGCAUUUCCGAAGCUGAGCUGAAUUACCCAUCCCUAGUACUGCCUCCCGGGUCCACGGUGAAUCGAACGGUGACCAAUGUUGGGAAGGCAAAUGAUGUAUACAGAGUCGAGGUGGAAGCACCGAAGGGGGCAAAAGUUACUGUCACUCCAGCGACCCUUACGUUUUCAAAGGUCAAAGAGAAGAAGACUUUUACCGUGCGUGUGACCGGUGGAAAGAGCGGUUUGGCGGGGAAUUUGAGGUGGAUUUCUGGUCGGCAUGUUGUAAGGAGCCCAAUUGUCAUCGUUGGUGAUGCUAAAGACUUGUAG